AAAAAAAAAGCAUGGAACUUGGGAGGUAAGGAAGCCUAUCUACUUCCCAGCAAGGGUUUCUCCACUUUGUAUUUUAAAAACACGAUUGCGUAGAGUUGGAAGGAAGAACAAAGCUGAAGCAACGCCUGUGAGCAGAAAGCAAGGAUUACAACACAGUUUGAUGCCUUUGUAGUGCAAAGGGGAAAAAAUAUGGAAAUGCUAAAAAGCAAGCAGCUUUUCUUCCUUGACCAACGACAAUUCGGAGAUCGUAACCUGAGGACCUGCUCUUGAUGCCAGUACGGCCGCAACGGUUUAGAUCCUGGGGCAGGUUUUGGACCGUCGGGCUGGGUGGGUCUUUUGCCUGGAGACCCUCUUGAGAAGGACAAUGGAAGAGCAGGACCUCAGGGAUCACCCACCAAAGAAAGACUAUCCUCGCGGAGGGGGAACCCCCGCCCGAAGGACGGGGAGAGAGAUCAAGCGGGAACCGGACGAGGGAUCCCUCCAGCAGUGGGAAGCUCAGUGGCAGCAGUUCCUGAAGACGGUGGAGACCCCGUGUUCGGGGAGCUCUAAAUCACCCGUGGAUCCGUGGGAAAAUAGUUUGGCCUUCCUGGGCUCCUUUGAGCAGGUGGCCCAAGCCUGUCGGUGGCCCGAGGAGGAAUGGGUAGCCCGACUCCAGCCGGCUUUGAGCGGAGAGGCUGAGCAGGCCUUUCUGAGCCUGGAAGGCUGCAGCAAGGGGGUUUACGGGAAAGUGAAGGUGGCCAUUUUGCAAAGGGACGCCCGGCGGCGGGAGGAACAGCGCCAGCAUUUCCGGCGCUUCCGUUACCAGGAAGCUGAGGGGCCCAGAGGGGCUUACAGCCGACUCCAGGAACAUUGCCAGCGGUGGCUGAAAGCGGACACGUGCACAAAAGAGCAGAUUGUGGAGCUGCUGAUUCUGGAGCAGUUCCUAGCCAUCCUACCUCCGGAGAUGCAGCGCUGGGUCCGAGCGUGCAGCCCGGAGAGUUGCUCGCAGGCAGUGGCCUUGGUUGAAGACUUCCUUGGGGAGAAGGAAGAGCCGAGCAUGUGGGGAAACCAGGCAGGGGUAUUAUCGAAGGAAGCAGCAACCAUCUCCAGAAUUAGCCAGGCUGGAUCUGAGGCUGAGUGGAGGAUGCUAUACGUGGAGACCAAACAGGAGAAUCAAGAUGCCAGUGUUGACCUCUUAGGAUCUGAAUGGAAAAGUGAAACAGAGGGGCAACUAUGUGGGAAUUUCUCUGAAGAAACUGAGCAGGAACCCUUUGAAGAGAAAGUCUGGAACCGAAUUCAACCCUCACACCAAGAAGGAAGCCAACAAGAAGAAUGGAUCGAUAAACCCCUUCCUUGUUCUGUUGGAGAGUUCCAUCAAAUCUCAUUGCAGCAAAAAAACCAGAAAGGAGAGGAAAGAAAUGGAUGUCUCAGUGAUCCCUGGGAAAUAUCUGCCGAGAUUGAAUCCCAGAAAAGUAUUUUGGGGAAGAAUACCAGAGACAGGGAAAUGCUUUCUGAAGGAGAGAGUUCAUAUACAUUUCUGGAAAACCGAGAGAAGUUUCUAGUUCCUUUAAUUCCUCCAUCGUAUCAGGCUGUCCAUGCUGAUGGACAACAUCAACCCUCUGAUUUCAGCAAAAGCUUUCAUGGUCCAUCCAACCUGCUGACACCGCCGAGAAUCCCUAAAGUGGAGAAGUUGUAUAAAUGCUUGGAAUGCGGGAAGUCCUUCAGUCGCAGCGCCCACCUGACGUCCCACCAGAUCAUCCACACCGGAGAAAAACCGUAUACGUGUUUAGAGUGUGGGAAGAGCUUCGUUCAGAGCGCCCACCUCGCCUCCCAUCAAAUUAUCCACACAGGGGAGAAGCCAUACCAUUGCUCGGAAUGCGGGAAAAGUUUUAACAAGAGCACCAACUUCGUGAGGCAUCAGAAGAUCCACAAAGGAGAGAAGCCGCAUCAGUGCGCCGAUUGCAACAAGACUUUUUCUGACAAACCGAGUCUCAUUCAGCACCAAAGGGUUCACACGGGGGAGAGGCCCUACAAAUGUUACGAGUGCGGGAAGAGCUUCAGUCAUAGGGGCAGCCUCAAUGCGCAUCAGCGGAUGCACACGGGGGAGAAGCCGUAUGGCUGCACGGACUGUGGGAAGAGCUUUCGGGAUCAGUCCAGCCUUAUUAGACAUAAGAGAACCCACACCGGGGAGAAGCCCUACACCUGCUCCGAGUGUGGGAAAAGCUUCAGCCAGAGCACAAACCUGACUUUGCAUCAAAGGGUGCACACUGAUGGGAAACUUCCAGAAGAGUCUCCCCAAAUACUUAACACGGGGAUGGCCAUGUUAGUCUUUCCACCAAAUCCUGCAAAUGGUUUAGUGGCGCUUGAAAGCUAACAUUUAGUGGUACUUGGCUCAAUAGUACUAACUGUGAGAGGGAUUGUCCUAGUGGACAAUCAUUUAAAUAUGAGCCAGCAGUGUGCUGCAGCCACCAACAAAGCCAACACAUUUCUAGGCUGCCUUAAUAGAGGGAUAGA